AGAAGGGAAAACCGAAUAUUCCCUUCUCCGGUUUCACAGUAUUGCAGUUCAGUCAUCGGUGUUGAGCGUUCUCUCUCUUACACGCACAACACACAGUCGAUCACUGACUCAGCCACCAUCUUCACCACUCCACACCGUUUGAAUAUUCUCCCUAAGCUGCUUUUCCCGCAUAUUUUAACCAACACCCCCCGACACUACAAACAAACCAACGAAACAAAAAACAAAACACUUCCCAGUUCCUCCCUAUCCCCCCAAUCCCAGACUACACAGCUCACCCCCGCUAUUUAAUAGUAGUAGUGUUCGCCCCACCUCAGCACCGAGACAUUUACCCCUCUUGGUCAACCCAUUUCCUCACUCUCCCCGCCACCCUACAUCGAAUAAUGUUGCCAUACACUUACAUCCACGAGGCGGAAGCCGCCUUAGGCCGAGGCCUAACGGCAGCGGAGACCCUUUGGUUCAACUAUUCCGCCAACAAAUCCGAUUACUUUCUAUAUUGCCACAACAUCAUUUUCCUCUUCCUUAUUUUCUUACUUGUCCCUCUUUACUAUCUGAUUCUUGAAUUCUUCUUCAGAAAUUCUGUCCAGCCUUACAAAAUUCAGCCCAAAGUCAAGCUCUCCCUCUCUGAUUACUUCAACUGCUACAAAUCUGUCAUGCGCAUGUUCGUCAUUGUUGUCGGCCCUCUUCAACUUCUCUCCUAUCCCUCUAUUAAGAUGAUUGGGAUAAGGACUAGCUUGCCGUUGCCAUCGGUUUGGGAAAUAUUAGCUCAAUUGACGAUGUAUUUUAUGAUAGAAGACUAUACCAACUAUUGGAUCCACAGAUUCUUGCAUUGCAAGUGGGGUUAUGAGAAAAUUCACAAGGUUCACCACGAGUACACUGCGCCGAUUGGAUUUGCGGCGCCGUAUGCUCAUUGGGCGGAGGUUUUGAUCCUCGGGAUCCCAGCUUUCCUAGGGCCGUCCCUGGUCCCAGGGCAUAUGAUUACAUUUUGGUUGUGGAUCGCGUUGAGGCAGAUUGAGGCCAUUGAGACUCACAGUGGGUAUGACCUCCCCUGGACUCCUACGAAGUAUAUACCCUUCUAUGGUGGUUCAGACUACCAUGACUACCAUCACUAUGUCGGUGGCCUAAGCCAAAGCAAUUUUGCUUCAGUUUUCACCUACUGUGAUUACAUUUAUGGGACAGACAAGGGAUACCGCUAUCAGAAGAAAGUCCUCCAGCAGCUACGAGAUGGAUUGGGAAAUGAUGGUGACCAAUAUGGAGUCCCCUUCGACACCUCUUCAGAAAGUCUGAAAGUUGACUGACUAGUUAUGGGAUAUCAGAGUAGCAGAAAAGCCCUUCUAGCAAUGUUUUCCUUUUCCAGUAUGCAUUCUGUUAGUCCCUAGUAUUUAAAGCCUAAGCUUUUGAGGUGACCUCAUCCAUUGUUUUCGCAGUACUGAAUCUACUGAAAGACUAGAUGGUUCACUGUUUCUGAAGGGCGGAUUGAGUAACCUUCCGAAUUGUGAUCUUUGUAUAGCCUAGUUUGUCCCUUUCUUUCUGUUUCUGCUUUCCCUCAACAUGAUUCUAGUGGCGCAUUAGGUUUAGUUCUCUGGUGCAUGAACUUUGUUAUGGUGCAGUAACUUCUUAUCUAAAUCUAUGCUGGCCAAGCAACAUUGCAUUCGUUUA